AUGGAUGGCUCUGACAGAUCACCCGGCAAUAGCAAUGGCAUCUCGCCCUCCCAGCAGCAGCCACAGCAGAAGUCCGAUCUCAUCUAUGCUGACAGGAUGCGUGAGCGCCUGGCCGAGAUCAACAAACGCAUAACAGACCUCAAAGAACGCAGCAGACCCUACGUUACCAGACUUGAACCGCGCAUAAACACUGCCCUGGGAACCUAUCACAGCUCCUCCAUAUGGACUCUGAUUGGCACUGGCAAUGCUCAGCUUCAGAAACAAGGCGUCUUCCUCGGUGCGAUGCUCUCCGCAAUCAACGAGCGGGAGCUGGAGCAACCGCAGGCCGAUGCGCUGGUGGAACAGAUGAAGGGCAACGCGCGAGCCUCGGCAGCGAUUGGAUUCGGCUCGCUUGCCGUGGCUGGCGUCCUAACGGCGAGGAGAUACAAGAUCGUCCCUCCCUGGGCCUUGCGGAGCAAGCUGACGCACACCGUGUGGCCUGCGAUGCUGUUUCUGGGCUAUUUGGUGCCGGUUUCCCUCUUCCUCUCGCCGCUCUUCAGGGUCUACGCCAACAAGUACUAUUCUCGCCAGUUUUUGGAGGAUGAGCGUCUGAAAGGGUGGAACUUGGAUGUGAAGAAAGCGACGCGAGGUUUCAAUGACCAACACCACGCGCAACUUGCACACGCAGUCUGGCCGACUUCGACUGAGCAGCAGCAGUCGAUUGGCGGGCAGGCAGCCCCAGGAUGGGAGAGUGCAGGCGCUUAUGACAACACAUCAUCGUCACCCCAAUCGCAAUCACAACAGAGCUCCUGGGACGGCCAACCGAGCGCCUUUGACGACGCUUCCCCAGUGGCACCUUCUGCCGUCCAGCAGCAGACGGGCUCAUCAUGGGCUCGCCUCCGUGGGCAAGCAGCUCAAGGACAGCAGGCGAGAUCUCCUCAGCCCCCGCGGGCUGCACAGGGCGGUUGGGGCGAGCCCGAAGAUACAAGCGAUCAGUUUCUGGGUUCCUCUACGGGGACAAGAGACAGGGGUGCAUCCUCGUCUACCGAUUUCAGUGAGGCUUCGGAGAAGGAGAAGGCACAGAGAGAAUUUGAUCGCCUGCUGGAGCAAGAAAGGAGAGGAAAGGACCAGUCUGGAGCAUGGGGUGGGAGAUGA